UUGAUAUUGGUUUAUUUAUUUGGUUUUACUGCAUGAUUUCUGUUUGCUUUAAGUUUUUGUUGUUUGUCCAUUUGUUUGUUUUAAGUAUUUGGUAUUUGUUUUGUUAGUUUAAUUGUUGUUUAUAUGUUUGUUUGUUUCUUCUAUUUGUCUGUUUGUAUGUUUAUAUGUUUGUUUGUUUCUUUUGGUUGUCUGUUUGUAUGUUUAUUAUGUUUGUGUUUGUCUGUGUGUGUUUGUCUGUUGUGUUUGUCUGUUGGUUUGUUGGUAUAUGUUUGUUUGGUAUUGGUUUGUUGGUAUGUUUGUUUGUUUGUUGUUUUAAUGUUAUUUUUUUACUGCACAAUUUCCGUUUGUUUUAUAUUUUUCUUGUUUGUCCAUUUGUUUGUUUUUAUGUAUUUGUUUAUUUGUUUUGUUAGUUUGUUGUUUAUAUGUUUGUUUGUUUGUUUGUUUGUAAGUUUGUAUGUUUGUCUAUUUGUGUUUGUUUGUUUGUGUUUGUCUGUUGGUUUGUUGGUUACCAGGUAUAUGUUUGUUUGGUAUUGGUUUGUUGGUAUAUGUUUUUUGUUUGUUGUUUAAUUUACUGUUAUUUAUUUUUAGUGCAUGAUUUCUGUUUGUUAUAUAUUUUUCUUGUUUUGUCCAUUUGUUUGUUUUUAUGUAUGUUUAUUACUUGUUUUGUUAGUUUGUUGUUUAUAAGUUUGUUUAUUUUUUUUGUUAGUCUGUUUGUGUUUGUCUGUUUGUGUUUGUUUGUGUUUGUCUGUUUGUAUUUGUCUGUUUGUGUGUUUGUUUGUGUUUGUCUGUUUGUGUUUGUCUGUUUGCAUUUGUCUGUUUGUUUUUAUAUACAGUAUUUGUUUAUUUUGGUUGGUUUGUUUCUUUGUUUUUAUACAUUUGUUUUUUUGCUUAUUCGUUUGUUUGUUUGUUUGUCUGUGUGUUUAUUUUAUUUUUUGUUUGCCUUAAUUUUGUUGUUGAUAUAUUUUAAUUUGUUUGUGUCAUUUGUUUGUGUCAUUAGUUUGUGUUGUUUGUUUUCUGCUUGUUUGUUUUAUUUUUGUUUGUAUUUGUCAUUAAUAUAUUUUUAUUUGUUUGUAUUGUUUGUGUCAUUUGUUUGUGUUGUUUGUUUAUCUGUUUGUUUGUUUUAUUCUUGUUUGUAUUUGUUGUCAAUAUAUUUUUAUUUGUUUAUGUCAUUUGUUUGUGUUGUUUGUUUGUGUUGUUUGUUUGUGUCAUUUGUUUGUGUUGUUUUUUGUUUGUUCAUUUGUAUAUUUUUAUUUGUUUGUGUUGUUUGUUUGUCUGGCUGUUUGUUUGUCUUUGUUGUUAGUAUAUUUUUAUUUGUUGUGUUUUGUGUUUGUCUUUCUGUUUGUUUGUCUGUUUGGCUCUCUGUUUGUGUGCAUAUCUGUUAUUUGUUUUAUUGACUAUCCAGUAUUACAAGUCAGGUUACAUUUUUUGCAUGCAUUUAGUUACACAUUGGAGGGAAACUACAAUUCUGGU